AUGGUUUUCGAUGGAAAUAACAAUGCAACAAAACUCAACACUCGGAAGAGAAAAUUUGGUGAAAUCAAGAAAACGGAAAAAUCAAACAAGUCUCAAAUGAUGUUCUCAAAUUGUAUACUCGGACUUUUCAACAAAGCAACUGAGCUCUCUGUUCUAUGCAAAGCAAAAACUGCACUCAUUAUUACAUCACCCAACAAUGAGCUCUAUACAUGUGGCUAUCCUAAUUGCGACGCCAUCAUUCAACAAUUCUUGACCGGAAAAGAUACCAUUGAAGACAGCGAGAUAAAGAAGCAAGAGGAGAUUGUUGAAACCUUAAGGCUUGAGUAUGAGGCAAUUGGAGAUAAACUUAAGAAACUUUUGGAAGAAGAAAAGAAUUGGCAAGCUAUCAAUGAUGAGGCAGAGAAGAGUGGUUCGAUUUCCUCUUGUUGGUGGAAUGAUCCUAUUGAUGAUAUGGAUUUACAAUCUCUUGAGGAAUUUAAGACUUAUUUGGAAAAGUUGAGACUUAAUUUAGGUUCAGCCAAUGACGAAAAGAAGUUAAUGUCCACACUUCGAUCUUGA